GGGAUAGAUACGGCGAUAGGAUCUCUGUCCAUCCUACACCGUGCUCGCUUCCGAGUGCCUUACAGCUGCUGAUAACUGAUCCGCAAUCGCUAGAGAAUAGAACGGUCUAUUUUUCGGGUGUGAAGGCGACGGGCUGUGGUGCAAAUAGCGCCCUAGGAGAGGCCCUGGGAGUCGUCCCUGAUAGAUUAGGGUUUGUAGCCGUUGUGUGGGCAUUGUUGUGUUUCUAGGUGCCCUUUGCCAUGGCGUGUGGAGCCACACUUAAAAGGACUAUCGAAUUCGAUCCUCUGUUGAGCCCAGCAGCGUCUCCCAAGAGAAGAAGAUGCGCCCCCCUCUCUCCCUCGGGGCCCUCCCCACAGAAAUACCUUCGCUUGGAACCUUCACCGUUCGGGGAGGUGUCCCCUCGUCUUACUGCAGAGCAAAUCCUUUAUAACAUUAAACAAGAGUAUAAACGAAUGCAAAAGCGAAGACAUUUAGAAAGCAGCUUCCAACCAACAGACCCCUGCUGCUCCAGCGAGGGCCAGCCACAGACUUUCAUCCCAUCUGGGCCGACUUUACCAGGCACAUCAGCUACAUCUCCAUUAAGAAAGGAGCAGCCAUUGUUUUCAUUAAGGCAAGUAGGCAUGAUAUGUGAACGACUGCUUAAAGAACGCGAGGAUAAUGUCCGUGAGGAAUAUGAAGAAAUAUUGACCACAAAACUCGCAGAACAAUAUGAUGCUUUUGUGAAAUUCACACAUGAUCAGAUAAUGCGACGAUUUGGAGAACAGCCAGCUAGCUACGUUUCAUGAAUUGUCCCUUGUCUUUCUCGGCUGCCGUUUUCCCUUAUUUGCUGCAAGAUGUCCUAGUAAAGAAUUGCAGCAAUGCCAUAUUCCCCUUCCCUUUGAACACAGGUUAUUUCAAGCUUUUGUCAGUGGCAACCACUCUUCCGCAGCGACUGGUUUUGGAGUGCUCCCUGAUGUCCGUGGCACCUGGACGUGGACCUAUGCUACCUGUAUUAAAUAUACCAAUGGCCUCAUUUGCUGUAUCGUUUAAAAUUUGGCUUCUUUUGUUCAUGUUUUAAAAUGGAAAGCAUUAAAGCUGGUGUUAAAGAACAUGCCCUUUGUUAGAUGUGUAAAUAGUUCACAUUAGAAUGACAUUUUGACAGGUUUUAAUGACUGCACUACAAACACAAGCAGUAUCCAAGAUGGAGUCAUUCCUGGGACUAUUUUAAAGUGACAUCCAGCAGUUUGACAGUGGGGAGCCAAUCAAAGAAGAAAAAGGGCAUGCUUGUAUUAAUGGACUAUGGGGGGUGGGUGCAAAGGUAAGAGGAUUUGACUUCUUAUUUUGUAGUUUAUUUAUUCUAUCAGUCUUUAACAAGUGUUUAAUGCAAUUUUUUUCUGUCUAUCAUUGUUUAACUGCCUUGUAGUACUGGAAUUUAGUUGGAAUAAAAUAAAAACACAAA